UUCUGAUGGAGAGAGAUGUGGCUCUCUAAACAGAUGGAAGCCAGGCGUCGUAGAUACUGGGUUCAUCCGAUCAACCAUUUAUGUGAAUCAUGUGGCGACAUUGGACAUCUGUACCAGGAACUUCGCAGUCUCUGUGUUUGCUCUGGAUUUGCUCUCCUCCAUUGUUUCAUCCCCCUUCUCCGGCUUGAAUAUUGCAGAAGCGAGUACCAAGAAAGAAGCUUGUCAGAGGAUUUGUUGCGAUCACUAGGUUGGAACGUACAUUCCAGUUCCUUCUCUCAUCCAUCAUAUUACAUUACAACACCUCCUAAUGUAAACUACGGUGCCAAUACUUCUCUGGCUGUUCAUUGGUUUGGUGAAAUUUACUCUGUAAUUACUGUUACUGCAGAGAUUUUGGAUUAUUUCCAUACUAGCAAUAUUUUAGUGAAUGUAAACAAAGUCUUCCAAAAUGAUUCAAUUGGAAUCUUAACUAUCCCAGCAGAUCCUAGAUAUAAUAUUGUCCAGCAAAGCCUGAGCAUGAAGCCAGACCUAGGAGUUGUUUCAACUGAGUUUUCACUUUCUAAUAACCCCCUGCUGGGUGCUUGGAACAUACAAGCAACUUGUGAUGGGACUGUGAGAAAUGUGAACUUUUUAGUUACUGAAAACGUUUCACCAAAAUUUGAUGUAACACUGUACGUUCCAUCUUUCUACAUACCCCCGAAGGAACUCAACCUUACUGGUACAGUAACAGCAAAGUACUUCUAUGGCAGACCCGUAAAUGGCAGUGUGACGGUGUCUGUGAAGCCACUGUAUGGUGAAAUUUUUUAUGAAAUUAGCAAAACUUACAAGAUUUCAGGGUCCAUAAACUUCAUGUUCACACAUGCAGAAAUACCGAAAUUUUCUUUUUGGCAAAAUUUGGAAAUAACAGCCUCCGUAACUGAAGAAUUCACAGGUAUUGUCGUAAAUAAAUCAUCCAGUGUACCAAGAGUGGAUUCGGAAUACAAACUUUUACGUGUGGGCCAACCAAAAGCUUUUAUACCUGGUGGAAAUUUUACAUUUAAGGUUCAGAUACAAAAAAUUGACAAUAAUAACUUAACUAAGGAAGACAGGAGUAAAAUGGUUUCUGUUAAAAUAAUCCAGUCUGCAGAGACCUAUUAUUAUAUUACUGAUUCAACUGAGAAUGUUACACUGAAAAAUUACACAGUUCCAGAAUCUGCUAUUAUUGAUGUGGAAUUUCCUGUUCUUCAGUCAACCCAACUAAUACAAGUUCAGGCUUAUUACCAGAAUACCACUGAGUUUUUCUACUUCGACAAGUCAUAUGAGACACAGCCUUCUAUUCAGCUGCAAAUAGCGGAAACAAUUUUAAAGGUUGGAACACCAUUUAAUGUGAAAGUUAAAACCUUCCCAAAUGUACAAGAUGUUUAUUACGUGGUUACGGCCAAUAGGAAGAUUGUAUCUACAGGAAAGAACAGAACAACAUUCAGUCUUACUCCUGACUCUUCCUGGAUACCCAGUGCUCAAAUAAUGGUGUAUUACCUGAAUAUUAAUAGUACCUUUGGCGAUAUUGUGCAAAAUUACUCUCAAGUGUUUUCUGUCAAAUCCACAUUAGGAAACGAGGUGACUUUAUCAUGGAGUAAAAACCAAGCCGAACCAUCAGAAAACAUAUCCUUAUCCAUCAGUGUAAAAGAGUCCCGGUCUCUGGUGGGUUUACAAGUGGUUGAGAAAAGCUCCUUGCUUAUGGUGGAUAGAAAUGACAUAAAUGCACGCAGGAUAGAAGAUGAAGUAAAUUCAUAUUCUCAGAGUUCCCUAGCAAGUCUGACUAAUGCUAGAGUUUUUAAUUGGUAUGGGUAUUUUGAAAAACAAUAUGAAGUACUUCGUCCCCUACAAAACAACACACCCAUUUUUCCAGACACCUGGAUUUGGCUAAAUACUAAUAUAAGUUCAUCUUUAACUACAAAUCUUCAAGUGACUGUUCCUAACAAAAACACUACGUGGGUGGCCACUGCAUUUGUUAUUUCUGAGGGACUUGGACUUGGAGUUACUAAUAUACCUAUUGAGUUAUCUGUAGUCAAGCCUUUGAUGUCUAUUCUUCACAUGCCAUCUUCAAUAACAAGAGGGGAACAAUGCAUUUUAGAAGUAAUUGUAUUUAACUCCUUGAGAGAAAACUUGCAGGUUGUAGUCACAUUGGAAUCCAGCAAUUCGUUUGACAUACUUGUACCUAAUAACAGUGCCAGUACUGUACCAGGCCAGUAUAAUGUGACAGUUCAAAGUGAAGCCGGGACAACUGUUCUGUUUCCAAUAAACCCGAAAAAACUGGGCAACGCUACAGUCAAAGUAACAGUGACAUCAAAAGCAUCUUUAGAAGUUUUAAGCAAAGCUAUCCUAGUGAAGGCCGAGGGGGUGAAAUACUUUUAUUCACAAUCUGCACUCUUUGAUUUGACUGGAAAUGGACCUCAAACUGUGUCAAAGAACUUCUCAUUUACAUUCCCUAGUGAUGUAGUACAAGACACUAUCGAGGGGUUCAUCACAGUUGUUGGAGAUCUUCUUGUACCUUCAAUAAGUGGUCUUGAAUCACUUAUCCAGAUGCCAUAUGGCUGUGGAGAGCAAAAUAUGAUCAACUUUGCACCAAACAUCUAUAUUCUUAUGUAUUUAAUAGCAACUAAGCAGAUUAAUUCAGAUAUUAAAGAAAAAACCAUAAACUACAUGGAGCAAGGCUAUCAAAGGGAGCUGACUUACAGGCGAUUUGAUGGAUCUUUUAGUGCAUUUGGAGACUCUGAUAGUUCUGGCAGUACCUGGCUUACAGCGUUUGUAUUUAGAUGCUUUCUACAAGCUCGGCCCUUUACAUACAUAAACUCAGAUGUCUUAAAUCAAGCAGUAGAUUGGUUGGUACAGUAUCAAGAUCUAAACACUGGCAUCUUUUCUGAACCUGGACGUGUUAUUCACACAGAUCUACAAGGUGGACUAGAUGGUCCCAUCACCCUCACGGCUUAUAUAGUGACCUCACUGCUAGAAGAUGAAGUCUACAGACAUCGGUAUGAGUCCAGAGUUCAGAAAGCUGUGCAGUACCUUGAAGGGAAAUAUGAUGGAGGGAUAACUAGCAAUUACACCUUGUCUGUUGUGGUGUAUGCUCUGUCACUGGCCAACAGUAGCAAAGCAGGAGCUGCUCUCAAUGUGCUCAAUUCAAGAGCAAGCAUUACAGGAAGUACAAAAUACUGGUCUACACCAUCUCAGCAAAUGAACUAUUACUGGCAGCCAAGAACAACUGAUGUUGAGACCGCAGCAUACGCUCUGCUUUCCUACUACCAGCAGGGUAGAAUCACUGAUGGCAUUCUUGUCAUGAAAUGGCUGAGCCAACAAAGGAAUUUUCUUGGAGGAUUUGUAUCUACUCAGGAUACAGUGAUGGCUCUUCAGGCUCUUUCCAAGUUUGUGUCAGUGGUGAACUUUGUUGAAGGUGCAGCAUCUCUUACACUUACAGUGACUGGGUCAGGAUCAUUUGUACCAAGAACAUUUCAGAUUAACAGUAGCAGCAAUCUAUUAGAGUUACAGCGACAGCAGAUUGAAGUUUCCCAGCCUAUUUUACUUAAUGCUACCGCUGUAGGAAAAGGAUUAGCCAUCUUUCAGCUUAAUAUAGCAUAUAAUCGGAAGACAACUUCCAGAGUCAAGAGAAAUUCUCCUGUACCAGAAGCCUUCAUGUUAGAUGUGACAGUGACGGAAGACUCAAGUAAUUUUCAUCAACUGUCUGUGAACGUAUGUACAAGCUACAAAGGGACAAACAAUAAGACUGGAAUGGUAAUUCUAGAUAUAGGACUCCUUAGUGGUUUUGAAUUAAGCCCUAUAGGUAUUCCCACAACUGACAUUGUCAAGCUGGUGGAACCAAAAGAAGAUAAAGUUUACGUGUACUUGGAUUCGGUUUCUACUGAGAAGAUUUGUAUAUCUGUACCAAUGGUUCGGUAUGCGAUUGUUGCAGGUUCACAGGAUGCUGUAGUUACUAUUUAUGAAUAUUAUAAUCCAAGAAACACAGCAACAAGGACAUAUAAUUCUCUGACAAUGAAAAAGAUCUCAUACUGUGAAUUUUGUGGAUUCAACUGCACUCAGUGCAGAUCAAACGUGCCAGCACCACCUCAGACCAGCGCUUCUACAAAACCAGCGUUCUACCUGCUGGUCCUCUCUAUCAUUCUUAUUUCUUACAUAUUGUACAGCACCUUGUACUUGUGUCAUAGAGGAAAAGCCAACAUGUAUCCGUUAUGGCCUUCCCUGUUGAGACUUCUAGGCAUCCUGUCCACGAUUCUGGUUACCUGUGAUGCAAGACCAUCAUACUACAUAACAACACCAAGUUAUAUUCUCCCUGGAGAAAAUACAAGCCUAGCCGUCCACUGGUUUGGGGAUGCUUUUUCUGAAAUCAUAGUGUCUGCAGGGAUUAUGACUACCACAAGAAUUUUGGUGAAUGUGAGCAAAAUAUUUCAAAAUGAUGUUAUUGGAACAAUCAGUAUACCUGCAGAUCCUAAGAAUAAUAUUGUCCAACAGUGGCUACAAAUAAAGCCAGUUAUGGGAAUGGUCUCAAAGGAGUUCUUACUGUCAGACAGACUUUUGUUGGGUGACUGGAAGAUACAAGCGGCAUCAGAUGGUUGUGAACAGUUUGCUGAGUUUUCCGUAGCUGAACAUGCUCUUCUGAAGUUUGAUGUAAUCCUAAAUGUUCCAAACUACAGUGACUCUAAGAUGCUCAGCCUCAAUGGUACAGUGACAGCAAAGUACAUCUCAGGUACGCCAAUAAAAGGAAAAGUAACAAUCUUGGUGAAGCCACUGUAUAAAGUAGAAGGUUUUAAUGAAGUAAAGAAGAUAGAUGAGAUCUUAGGAUCCAUGAACUUUAGUUUUACACGAGCAGAACUAAAAAAUGUUUUAAACCCAAAAGGAAUGAAUGUAACCGUUUCAGUAACUGAAGAACUUACAGGUAUUGCAGUGGAUGCAGAAUCAUACAUAUUAAAUGAAAAUUCAGAAUACAGACUGAAUCUCAUCAGCCAGCAACCAGCUUUUGGUCCUGGUCUCAAUUUCACAGCUAAGAUUCAGGUUCAGAGGAUUGAUAAAAAACCCUUCAAUAAAGAGGAGAGAGAUGAGAAAGUUACUUUUGAAAUUACUCAACGGAGAAGCCCGUUAAACAACUAUACCAUUGUAUUACAACAUGCUCUUUCCGAAUCUGGUAUAAUUGAUGUGGAAUUUCCUGUUCUACAAUCCAUUCAGUGGGUGACAAUUAUUGUUGAGUACCAAAAUGUCAGUGAAAUUUUCAACUCUGAUCUAAUAUAUACAAGGAAUCCUUUUAUUGACAUCCAGAUUCCAGAUUCAACCUUGAAGGUUGGGAGAGAAUUUGAUGUACAGGUUUCAACCUACAUGGAAAUCUCAGAGAUUUAUUAUGUGGUGGUAUCCAAAGGCUUUGUUGUAUCUGCUGGGAGGAAUACCACUAAAUUUGGUCUUAUUCCAGAAGCUUCAUGGGCGCCCUCAGCUCAAAUAACCGUUUAUUGGAUUAAUACCAGUGACAAUUCUGGUGAUAUAAUGCAGAUAUCUAAAAUGUUAUCUAUAAAAGGGACAUUAAACAACAAGGUUUCUCUGUCAUGGAGUAAAAACAUAGCACACCCAUCCGAACAUGUGUUGUUAUCUGUCAAUGUGAGGGAACCCCAUUCCUUGGUUGGUCUGCGAGUUAUUGAUAAACGUUCUAUGCUUCUUGGAGAUGGAAAUGAUCUGACUAUAAAGAAGGUUUAUGAAGAGCUGGUGUCUUACAAUCAGUCAGCUAAUGCGGUUUUCAAUUCUUCUAAUAAGGGGCCUCCGGCAAGCAUGACUGAUGCUGUGAUCCAAAACAAAUACGAAUACAGUCCUCAAACUAGAGAACAUACAUUGUUGCCUCCAAGACAUACAGAAAUCUUUUUACCAGAGAUCUGGAUCUGGCAACAUACCAGUAUAAGCUCAAGUAUAACAAAAAAUCUGGAUGUAGCAGUACCUGACAGAAAUGCAUCAUGGGUGGCCACAGCUUUUGUUAUUUCUGAGCAUCUUGGACUUGGAAUAGCUGAAGAAUCUGUUGAGCUAACAGUAUUCAAGUCUUUGUCAAUGUCAUUAGACAUGCCACAUUCGGUUACAAGAGGUGAAGAGUUUAUUGUGGAAGUCAUCCUAUCCAGUUCCUUAUCUAAGAAUCUGCAGGUUUUGGUUUCUUUGGAACGUCAUGACUCAUUUGAAAUAGUUGUACCAACAAGCGCCUAUAAGGGCAGUGUGACAAGCCAACAUACUAUAACUGUUCCCAGUCAAGGAGAAAUGAGAGUCUUAUUCCCUAUAAGACCAAAAAAACUGGGCAAAUUCCCAAUCACUGUAAAAGCAACAUCAAAUGUGGCUUCUGAUGUUUUAACUAAAACAGUACUGGUAAAGGCUGAAGGUGUGAAGUACUUUUAUUCACAGACUGCUCUAUUUGAGCUUAUUGGUAAUGAAAAUACAUCUACAAUUGUAUCAAAGAACAUGUCAUUUACUUUUCCUAAUGAUGUGGUUCUUGGCAGUGAAGAAAUAUACGUCACUGUAACUGGCGAUCUUCUUGGGUCUUCAAUUAAUGGCCUUGAAUCACUAAUUAAGAUGCCACAUGGCUGCGGAGAGCAAAACAUGAUCAGCUUUGCACCAAAUAUCUAUAUUCUGCAAUAUCUAAUAGCAACUCAUCAGCUAAAAAGUGAUAUCAGAGAAAGGGCCAUAAACGUCAUGGAACAAGGUUAUCAAAAGGAGCUCAGUUACAGGCGAUAUGAUGGAUCUUUUAGUGCAUUUGGAAACUCUGAUUCUUCUGGAAGUACCUGGUUGUCAGCAUUUGUUUUCAGAUGCUUCCUCCAAGCUCGCACAUUUAUAUACAUAAAUCCAAUGGUCUUAAAUGAAACAGUAGAAUGGCUGGUGCAGUAUCAAGACCUGAACACUGGCAUAUUCUCUGAGCCUGGAAAUGUUAUCCACCGCGAGCUUCAAGGAGGGCAAGAUGGUCCCAUCACCCUAACUGCCUACAUAGUGACUUCACUGCUAGAGGAUAGCUAUUACAGGAACCUCUAUGCAACCAGAGUAAAAAAAGCUGUGCAAUAUCUUGAAAGGAAGUUUGAUGAAGGAAUUGCUAGCAAUUAUACCCUCUCAAUGGUGGCAUAUGCCCUGUCAUUGGCCAAUAGCUCAAAAGCACAUGAGGCCUUGACUCUGCUCUAUUCAAGAGCAAACAGUGGAGAAGGGAUUAAGUUUUGGUCUUCACCAUCGGAAAUGUCAAACUAUUACUGGCAGCCAAGAACAACAGAUAUUGAAACAGCAGCAUAUGCCCUUCUAUCCUGUUACCAACAGGGCAGAAUUAUGGAUGGUAUACCUGUUAUGAAAUGGCUAAGUCAACAUAGGAACCAUAUCGGAGGUUAUUUGUCUACUCAGGAUACUAUAAUAGCUCUCCAAGCCCUGUCCAGCUUUUUGCUCUUGGCCCCACCUCAUGAUACAUCUCUUACGUUGGCUGUUACUGGACUGGAUUCAUAUGUGCCCAUAACUUUUCAUAUCAGCAAUGAAAACCUUCUAGUCUUACAAAGUCAACAGAUUAAGGUUUCCCAGCAUUUGCAAGUCAAUGCUACUGCCAUUGGAAGAGGAUUGGCUAUUCUCCAGAUUAAUCUAAUAUACAAUCGGAAGUCCUCAUCAAGGCACAGGCAAAACACUGUACCUGAAGCUUUCCAGCUAAAUGUGACAGUGAAAGAAGAGACAAAUAACAUAAACAGACUCUCUGUGGAUGUCUGCAUGCGCUUCCAGGGUAAAGGGAAUGAAAGUGGAAUGGCAUUGUUAGAUGUAGGAUACCUCAGUGGAUUCACUCUAAGCCCUAAAGGAGUUAUUCCUAUUCAGUCUCUAAAACUGGUUGAGCCAAAAGAAGGAAAAGUUUAUCUUUACUUUGAUUUGGUGACCAAAGAAGGACUCUGUAUAUCUAUCCCAAUUGUUCGUUUUGCCAAAGUAGCACAUUCUCAAGAUGCUGUUGUUAAAGUCUUGGAUUACUACAAUCCUGAAAUGAUGGCGACCCGAACAUAUAAUUCUUUGACCAUGCAACAGAUCUCUCCUUGUGAUUACUGUAGAGUCAACUGCGAUCAAUGUAUACCAAACUCAAUGUUAUCUUUAGGAAGUAAGGCUGCUAUGUCAACAUUCAGCUUCUGUAUGAUAGUUAUAUGCUAUUUUGUGUACUUUUCUUUAUCACUUUAGGAUUAUUCUAAGCAGAGUGUUAUUUUUAGAAACAGUUGUAUAUUUGUAUAUAUAAUGUAUUAUAAAUUGUUACUUGGAUAAUACGUUACCUUACCUAGUGGGUAAAAUGACAGAUUUGUAAAAUGUUAUGUUUUGAAAAUAUACUUUCUCAAGUAUAUUUAUAUCUGCAUUUAGUGUAUGGUGUA